GUCAUGUCGCUAAACAGUCACAAAACGACUGUCGUCUGGUGAAGAAGAACAAAAAAAGGCUCGACGCGGUAAUUCAACUACUACUGAAAGCGAAGAAGAAAAGGAAGCUAAGCUAGCCCAACAUCGGGCUGCAUUUAGCGAAUUAUGGCGGCUGUGCUCCCCAUCAGACCCCCGUGCGAUAGCAACCCCGCUACACCUGGAGCACAAUCCCUAAAGGAUGUCAAUGAGGAAGAGUCCAACGAUGGAAGUCAGCUUCCCAAACGACGGAGAAUGGGGUCGGGGGACAGCUCUCGAAGCUGCGACACCUCUAGCCAAGACCUUGGCCCAACAUAUUUCCCAGCAGAGAACCUGACUGAGUAUAAGUGGCCGGCAGAUGACACAGGAGAGUAUUAUAUGCUGCAGGAACAGGUCAGCGAGUAUCUGGGAGUCACAUCAUUCAAGAGGAAGUAUCCUGAUAUGGAGAGAAGAGACUUGUCCCACAAAGAGAAGCUUUACCUGCGUGAACAGAAUGUCAUCACUGAGACACAGUGCACUCUGGGUCUGACAGCUCUGCGGAGUGACGAGGUGAUAGAUCUGAUGAUUAAGGAGUAUCCCCCCAAACACUCUGAGUAUUCAGUCAUUCUGCAGGAGAGAGAGCGACAGAGGAUAGCAAAAGAGUACUCUCAAAUGCAGAAUCAGCAGAAUCCUCAAAAGGUGGAGGCCAGUAAGGUUCCUGAGUACAUUAAGAAGGCAGCAAAAAAAGCUGCCGAGUUCAACAGUAACUUCAACAGGGAGCGAAUGGAAGAGAGGAGAGCUUACUUUGACCUUCAGACACAUAUCAUCCAAGUACCUCAGGGUCGGUUCAAAGUGCUAGCUCCAGAACUAACCAGGACGGGGCCCUACCCAGUGGCCCUUAUACCCGGACAGUUCCAGGACUACUACAAAAGAUACUCUCCCAAUGAGCUGCGAUACCUGCCCCUGAACACGGCUCUGUUUGAACCUCCACUUGACCCAGAGCUGCCUGCACUGGACUCAGAGCCUGACUCAGACGACGCAGAGGAUGUCAAAGACAACAAAAAGAAGAACUCAUCUGACAGUUCUUCAGGCAACACAUCAGAUGUAGAGAGCCAGGAGGGAGCAGGUGGACAGGGCCACAAGUCUAAGGCUAAAGACAGGACGCCGGGCAAAGACGGCAGCCUGCGCCAUUCAGCGUCCCACAAAGCCACCCCAGGUUACAAGCCUAAGGUCAUUCCCAAUGCUAUAUGUGGCAUUUGCCAGAAGGGUAAAGAGGCAAACAAGAAAGGCAAACCUGAGGCUCUCAUUCACUGCUCCCAAUGUGAUAACAGCGGUCACCCGUCGUGCCUGGACAUGAGUGAGGAGCUGGUGCGCGUGAUCCACACGUACCGUUGGCAGUGUAUGGAGUGCAAAACCUGCACCGUGUGCCAGCAGCCACACCACGAGGACGAGAUGAUGUUCUGCGACAAGUGCGAUCGUGGAUACCACACGUUCUGUGUGGGCAUGGACUCCAUACCUACUGGACUUUGGGUUUGUGAAGUGUGCGACAAAGAUUUCACCACACCCAAGAAGAAGGGAGGAGUCAAAACACCCAAGAAGACUAAGUCUGCUCAAAAAUGAUCCACGACAUCUUAAAACACAACACAUGGACAAGAUCCUACACAACUGCUCUGUCAUGAUUUCUGUCGAGUAUAAAAGACCAGAUUCUAUUUUUCAAAAGCUUUAGUUUAUAUGGUCAGCAGUAUUCUAAUAUUGACCGCAUUAAUAAUCAGAAUAAGACAUUAACUACCUUAACCUGAAUAAAGUCAGACUCAAUAUAGUCAGUAGUCAGAUUAAAUUGUACUACACAUCUUGAUCUGAUUCUAACAUCUAAGUUGAGUUUCCACAGCAAUGGUUGUCAACAGUGCCCAUGUAAACAGGAAUAUGAUGGAAUAUUCUUUAAGCAAGUCAUGUUAACAUUAUAAUUUGAACUUCUAAUUCAGAUGAAUGUCAGUAUUCAGAUUAUUGUAGUCCAUGUAAACGGAAUUGUGAUCCAGAAAUAAGCAAAAGUCAUUGUUUUCCAUCUUCAAGCUCAAUUUAAAUGUUGAAUGUUUGAUCAACCGCUAAUGUUUUGUGGUCAAAGCCACAGAUUAGCAUAGCAACUGUGUUCUGUAGACACCACACAAACAUUAUGUUAACAGCCAAACUGCUCACUUUUAUGCAGUGUUGUGUUACUGGAGACCUGGACUCAGAUUUCAGGACCUGUGACUCGACUUAGACUUGAGCACUGAUGACUCGGACAUUAACUGCACUCAAGUUUGAAGAUGGUGACUCCUCGUUUUGUUUUGUUUUUAUAAUUAAUUUGGCAUACAGUAAGGAAGUACAGUAUCGCUUUAAUUAAUGCUGUUAUAAUUCUACAACGCAGCUAAAUAUUAACAUGUGGGCAUGUGGAUUUGCAAGAGCAGGUACAUGCAUCCACUGCCUACAGUUUUUAAAGGACCAUUGUGUAGGAUUCAUUGGCAUGUACUGUAGGGGUUGCAUAUUGUAACCAUGUGAAUUGUUUGCAAACAGACAUGGCAGUAUAACAUGGUAAACUCCAUGGAAGAGGAAGAGCCCCUGAUGUAAUACACAGGACACAUUCCACUGAACUAAAACACAGCUGUUCUUAAUCUUCAUAUACUUAUUCAAAAACAAAAUUAUAAAUAUAGAAUUCCUGUUGAUAAAGCACUCAAUUAUAUACACUGAACCUAAAGAGACACUGUGUACACAGAUUUUACAUUGAAUUCCAGUUACACAGUAAGUAAACCCUUUUAAAUACUGACUGAAGUGUUUAAUUUGUGUUUGUUUUUUUCAAAAACAAAACAAAUGUGUGUGUCAGCUUUUAAGUGGAGCACUGGAAGCCAUCUUGGAACUUGACUCAGACUCAACCUUGGUGACUUGGACUCAGGUAAUGAAACUCAAUCUCGGAACUUAAGGGAUUUAUAGCUGGACUUGGACUUGAGGUGCUGUUACUCGACUAUAACACUGCCACUAUCAGUAUCGGUGUGGUCCUACUUGGUUUAACGUGUUGGAUGUUAGAUGGGAAAUCCAAAUGGUGCUUUUCUUUUGAUCCAUUGCGACUGAAACAAUCAGGUUUGCUGAUGCCAUUUUGUUUCAGUUGCCAUUCAAAACAUUUUGUAUAUUUUUGUGUCGCUACAGUUGUAUUAACAUUAAUUUAAUAAGGCAGGUCAGUAAAGAUCAGCCAUAAAGUGUCUUAUUGGAUUAUAUGACUUGUGCUUGUGAGCCUUUGUAAUGAAAUUUAAAUGAACAGACACUGGCUGUGCUUGACAUCACAGCUGCAACAGUUUUCAGGUAUUUAUGUCUUGAGUAUCUCAACUCCUCACAUCACGUAACCACUGAUUUGUCGUAAAGCAGAAUUGCAAUGGAAUUUGUAUCUGUCAUUUACCAUUAUUCAACUGAUGUUUUUGCAAGCAUCUUAAAUGUUAUGUUUAUUUUUAUUUUUUUUAUUUUGUAUUGUCCUGCAGUGAGCAGAAUUUUUUUUGAUAAAGUUGUCAUAGUCACUGAAUUUCAAGGUGUGCUUCUCAAUAAAAGUCUACUUUUAAAAGUGAAUUAAUCUGUAAGUUAUAUAUAAUUGAAUCUCAGCCAGUUUAAUAACCUGCUGUGUGAAUUUUAUUCUCAAUAAAAUGAAAGGCACAUGG